GGCAGAAUGCCAAUCGGGAUGCAGGACGAGGAGGAUGGGGCGGGGCGGGUCAGGGAGCUGCAGGAGCAGAGGAUGGCGGUCCAGAAGAAAACCUUCACCAAGUGGAUGAACAGCGUCUUCUCCAAGAAUGGGGAUAGUGUGGAACUGACGGAUGUUUACACGGAGCUGAAGACCGGAGUCAUUCUGAUUCGCCUGCUGGAGCUCAUCUCCAAAGACACGCUGCCUCCACCCAGCCGACGCAAGCUGAGAGUCCACUGUCUGGAGAACAACAGCAUCGCCAUCAGGUUCCUCAAAACCAAGAUUCGGGUGGAUCUGAUUGGUCCAGAGAAUGUGGUGGAUGGGGACCGGACGCUGAUCCUCGGUCUGCUGUGGAUCAUCAUCCUCAGGUUCCAGAUUGGACCGAUUAACCUGGACGAGGUGGACGGUGGAGGCAGUGUGGCUCACCGCUCGGCAAAGGAGGCUCUGCUGAUCUGGUGUCAGAGGAAAACGUCGGGCUACGAUGGCGUUGACGUGCAGGAUUUCUCCUCCAGCUGGAGGGACGGACUCGCCUUCAACGCCCUGAUCCACACCCAUCGGCCUGACCUUUUUGACUACCGCCGUCUCCAUGGCGACGACCCCCGCCGUAACCUGGAGCACGCCUUCUCUCUGGCCGAGCGGGAGUUUGGGAUCAUGCAGCUGCUGGAGGUUGACGACAUUGUGGUGCCUCAUCCGGACGAGAAGUCCAUCAUGACCUACGUGUCCCUGUACUACCACUACUUCUCCAAGAUGAAGCAGGAACAGACAAUCCAGAAGAGACUCGCUAAGAUCGUUGGCAUGCUGAUGCAGUUGGAUGACAUGAAGGUCCAGUAUGAGAGAAUGGUCUCAGAUCUGCUUCACUGGAUCAAAGCCAAGGUGGUGCAGCUGAACGACAGACGAUUCCCAAACUCCCUGAGGGAGAUGCAGGCACUGAUGACGGCUUUCAAGACCUACAGAACUGUGGAGAAACCGCCCAAAUACCAGGAGCGAGGGGUGAUUGAAGCUCAUUUGUUCAGUCUGAAGACUCAGCUGGCAGCCAACAACCAGUGGCCUUAUAAUCCUCCAGAGGGUAAAACCCUCAGCGACAUAGAGAAAAGUUGGGUUUUGCUGGAGAGAGCAGAACAUGAGCGAGAACGAGCUCUGCAGGAGGCGCUGCUUCGCCUGGAGAACCUGGAGCAGCUCGCCCAGAAGUUUGGCAGGAAGGCAGCUCUGAGGGAGGGAUACCUGGAGGACACGGUGCGUCUGAUCCGGAGACAGGACGUCCGAAGUCUGUCCACCCUGGAGGAGGCUCAGGCAGCCGGUCGCCGUUUAGAGGCCCUCGCCACUGAUGUCCUGGCCAGAGAUCCACGCUUCACCGCCCUCAGAGAUAUGGCCAAGACCAUCGAGAGGGGAAACUAUCACAGCAAGGAGCAGGUCAUCAGGAGAGAAGAGAACAUCAGCCAUCGAUGGAAGGUCCUACUGCAACAGCUCCAAGAGCAGAGGGUGCUGCUGAGAAAUGUAGUUGAAACUCUGAGUGUCCUUCGAGACAUUGAGCUCAUCUUCCUGGAACUAGAAGAACUGCAGUCCCAGGCCAGCUCUUGUGAACUGGGGAAGCAGCUGGCCGAGGUGGAGUCUCUCCUUCAGAAGCAGGAUCUCCUGGAAGCUCGGAUCUCAGCUCAUGGUGAAACCAUCACUGCCAUCAGCAGCACAGCACUGAAGGGGAAAGUGAGAGAUGGUCAACAGAUUCAGAGCAGAGUGAGAGCUCUUGACGCUCAGUACAAAUCUCUGGUGUCCCUCAGCAGCAACAGGAGGAGACAGUUGGAGGCCCAGCUGAGGUUGUUUGAGUUCUUCUAUGACUGUGAGGAGCUGGAGUCCUGGCUGUAUGAGCGCUGGCUGACCCUGCAGACGGCUGGACUCGGACGAGACCUCAGCCAAAUCCAGCUGGCCCAACACAAACACAAGGCGCUGGAGUCGGAGCUCCAGGCCCAGGAGUCUCUGUACCAGGGUGUCCUGAGUCGUGGUCAGGAUCUGCUGUCCAAACAGAACCAGGCCAACCAGAAAGCCAUCCAGAAGUGGAUCAGGACUUUAAAGAAGCAGUGGAGCCACCUGACCACCGAGGUGACCGGACACCGUGACAGGCUGGAGGCUGCUGCUGCCAUCAAGCAGUAUUUUGCAGAUGUGGCAGAGGCAAACUCCUGGCUGGGCGACAGGAAACCACUGCUGACCAGUGAGGAUCAUGGGAAGGAUGAGUCGAGCACGGCGGCUCUGCUGCAGCGCCACCUGCGGUUGGAGAAAGAGAUGGCAGCCUACGCCUCUGAGAUCAAGAGACUGUCAGAGCAGGCGAGGAGUGCAGCACAGCUAACAGCGCUCACUACUUACCAGGAGCCUCAGGAGACCAGAAUGAUCCAGCACAGUGACUCGUCUGGAGAGGAGCAGCAGGACUCAGGACCAGGGACAUCUUCACCAGAUGCCAAGGCUGGGAGGGGCUCUGUGAGCACCCCUCCUCAGAGUGAGGAGAGCAAGGCCAAGGUCCGCUUCAGAUACAGCAGAGGUCAGUUUCCUUGGGAUCGUAACGAGAUUGUAACCAUCAUCAGCACUGAGCCGGAUGGAGACCGAGUUCUGGCCAGAGACAGCCGAGGAAACCAGCAGCUCAUCCCCAAAACCUACCUGAGCCUGCUACCGGCACCUACUCCUCCCCCCACCCCCACUGUUUCCACCAAUGGUGUGCCAGAAAACCAGAGCAGGAAGCUGAGUCGUCUGAGGCGCAGGCGCUCGAUGCGUCGCAACACAAGUGAGAUCCAAACAGCACUGCUGCCAGACCCACAGUACCAGAGAGACACUGUGGAGAGCACGCAGGCCGGACUAGACCAAGACUACAGCACCCUGUUCAGCCUGGUCAAGUCAAAGGUGAGGAACCUGGAGGAGAUGCUGCGUCUCCAUCGAUUCUACAACAGCUGCCAGGAGUUUGAGUCGUGGAUGGAGGACAAAGAGAAUGUCCUGAACACCUUCAGCACCGAUGCCGGCAACCUGGAAGUGGUGCAGGCCAAAUACGAGAACUUCCUGACUGAGUUGGCGAGUGGACGUGGCCAGCUGGAUGACAUAAUGAAAAUGGCUGAGGAGCUGGUGAAGAGUCGGCACAGUAGACAUAGAGAGAUCCAGGCCAGACAGAGGAAGGUUUCUAACAGGUGGGACUGCAUCCAGCAGCUGAAGGAUGAGAAGGGUCAGGAGUUGCUGAGCACAGCAGACAUGCAGUCCUUCCUGCAGAGUUGUGAGGAGGCUAAAGCACAGCUACAGGAUCAGCUGGCCCAGCUCGACACCGUAGACGUGGGCUGCAGCUCCUUCACCCUGCUGGCAGAGGAGAAGAACCAGGCUCAGGCCCUCAGGGACAUCCAGACCCUGGAGGGCAAGAUCGCCUACCUGAGGAGUGUUGCCAAGAUGAAGCAGGACUGCAGUCCAGAAGAGAGUGCAGCCAUCAUGGAGGAGGUUCGGGGUCUGGAGGCUCUGCUCAAACAGGUGAAGCGUCAGGCUGCGGACAGACAGCACCUCCUGGCAGAGGCCCGCAGGCUCCAGAGCUUCCAGCAGCAGGCCAAGGAGCUGCAGCACUGGGCGGGUUCGGUGCAAGAGCGCCUCCUGCAGGAGGAGGCGGCCGCUGAUGUGGCCUCAGCCGUCACGCUGCUGGAGCAACACCAGGAGCUCUGGCUGGAGAUGGAGGAGCAGAGGAACAGGCUGAAGGAGCUGGAGAAACUGGGCAAAUCUCUCAAGCAGGGCUCCUCUAAUGGUAAGGCAGGUGGUGUCGACAUCCAACAAACCCUGGACAAGCUCAGUGCUGAUUGGUCUAAGCUGGAAAAGCUGUGGGCCAGUAGGAAGAAGCAUCUGGAGCAGGGGCUGGAGCUCCAAAGACUGAACCAGGAGGGAGACCGGAUCGAGGCGGCGCUUUCCGGACACGAAGCCCGACUGAGGGUGAAUGACGUCGGGGAUUCAGUGGACAGUGUGCACAGUCUGCUCGGCCGGCAGGACGAGCUGGAGGGUCUCCUGAAGGCUUUGGACCAGCGAGUCGAUCAUUUCAGUCAGCGCAGCCAGGAGCUCAUCAACCAACAACACUAUGCUGCAAAACACAUCAAGGAGAGGAGAAGGAGCAUCCAGAAGGCCAACAGGAAGCUGAAAGAGAGCAGCAUGCAGAGGAGGAACCUGCUGCUGGCCUCCAGGAAAUACCAGGAGUUUCAGAGGGAUGCAGAGGAGCUGCUGUUCUGGAUGGAGGAGAAGUUUAAAGUGGCUGAGGACGAGUCAUACCGUGACCCCACCAACAUCCUCCGAAAGCUGAAGCGACAUGAGGCGGCUGAGAGGGAGAUGCAGGCUAACCAGGUCUGGCUGGACAGACUGGUUCAGCUGGGGCAGGAGAUGGUUGCAGAGGAAGGAGACAAGCGGAGACAGGGGGGACAGCAGGAGCAGCUGAUGGAGCUGCUGCAGGACGCCAAGCUGAAGAUCGAGGCCAUCCAGUGGAUGCUGAACAAUGCAGCCAAAGGUCACGACCUGCGCUCCAGCCGACAGCUGCUGAAGGAGCAUCAGCAGCUGGAGCAGGAGGCCAAGGAGCUGGCAGAGAAGAUCAACUCCAUUGUCAGCAGGGCCAAACACCUGGCCUCCAACCACUUUGACUCUCGCAGGAUCCUCCAGGAGACCGACACUUACCUUACUUUGUUCAAGUCCCUCCAGAAGCCUCUGGACUGGCGUCGAGCUCAGCUGGUGGCAUCUGUGCUGCUGUUUGAGUUUUAUCAUGAUGUGGACCUGGAGCUCGGCUGGAUCUCUGAACAUGUUCCUGCCUAUGGAUCCACAGACUAUGAUAAGUCCCUGGCUGGAGCCAUCAGCCUCAUGCAGAAACAUAAGGAGCUGCAGGCCGAAGUGAAGGCCCAUCGAAAACAUUUGAACCACGUCCUGGAGAAGGGGCAGGGCUUGGCCAAAUCCAGCAAAUCAGAUGGAGAGGAAGUGCUGCAGAGGUGCAAUCAUCUGAUUGUAGAGUGGGACGAGCUGGUCGAGGCCUGCGACAGGAGAGCAGCUCACCUGAGCAAGGCCAUCACCAGGGAGCAGCUGCUGUUGGACUUCUCAGAGCUGGAGUCCAGGCUAACGGAGACACUCAGUCUGGUGAACACUGAUGACUACGGCAAAGACCAACUGGCCACACAGAGUCUCGUCACCAAACACCAGGUGUUGGAGGGCCAGCUAAAGGUGCUGGAGGUGGAGGUGGAGGAGCUGGGAGACCAGGUGGAGCAGGCGGCUCAGAGCUGGAGCCUGCAGGAGCUCAGAAGGCCCUACAGCCGUCUGAGCAUCCUGAACCAGCAGCUGCAGCAUCAGGCUGCUCUCAGGGGUCAAAGAUUAGGAGAAGUUCUCCAUCUCCACGAGUUCAUAAGAGAGUCCUUAGAGCUGGAAGACUGGAUGAACCAGCAGAGACAGACUGCAGAGUCUCAGGACCUGGGCAACGACUACCAGCACGUUCAGUUGCUUCGUGGGAAGUUUGACGGCUUCCUGAAGCAUCUGGAGGUCGGAGAGGAGAGACUGCAGAGCUGCAGCGAUGUGGGUGCUCGACUGAUCCGCAGCAAACACCCACAGAGCUCUGCAGUAAAAGACACAUUGCAGCAGCUCAGUGCAUGCUGGGAGGAUUUGAAGGCCGUGGCUAGAGAGCGCCAGGAUCAGCUGCAGAGAGCCGAGGAGUGUCACCGCUUUUACCAGGACCUGACCGAUGCGCUGACACUCAUCCAGGAGCGACAGAAGAGCAUCCCUGAUGAUGUGGCGAAGGAUAUGCGAGGAGUUGUGUCACAGCUGAGGAAACACGAGGCUCUGCUCUAUGAGCUCGCUGUCACAGAGCAACAGCUACAGGAGCAGCUGGAUGCUUUUGACUCAAUCCUGGAACUCUGCACACCUCAGUUAAAGCUCUGCCUACAGGAAGUGCAACAGGAAGUGGUGGAGAGGUGGGAGGAGCUCCGGCAUCACACGGAGCAGAGGGAGGAGGAGCUAAAACUGGCGUGCCAGCGAUACCUGUUCCUUAACACGGCGCAGGACUACUUCCUGUGGUGCAGCCAAAUGAUUGGUGCGAUGGCCGCUGAGGAGAGCAUCAGUGACGUGGCCACUGCUGACCUCCAGCUCACCCAGCACCAGCAGCUGUGGGCAGAGAUGGAGGCGAGACAGGAGACCUACCAGCAGGCACUGGACAUGGGCGAGGAGCUGCAGACUCGGGACAGGAGCAACUGGAAGGAGGUGUUGGAGAAGCUUGAUGCGCUGCAGGCAGAACGAGACAAAGUGGAGGAGCAGUGGAACAAGAAACAAAGCUGGUUAGAAACAGUUCACCUGGAGCAGGUUUUCUACAGAGACGUUGACAGCUUGGACAAGACGUCCAGCUCACAGGAGAUCCUUUUACAGAACAGCACUCUGGGAAACACCGUUGAUGAGACGGAGGGUUUAAUCAAACGUCACGAAGCCUUUGAGAAGCUGCUCAGCUCGCAGGAGGAAAAGCUGUCCUCUCUGAAGGAGCUGGCUGAGCGUCUGAAGGCACAGCUGAACAGAGACAAGAGUGGGCGGGUCCAAACCAAGCUCAAGGCCCUCCUCCAGAGACGUGGUCAGAUCAAGGAGCUGUCGGUCAAACGCAGGAAGGAGCUGGAGCUUUCCAGGCUGUUGUGUGUCUUCAACCGAGAUGUUGCACAGGCAGAGGAGUGGGUGUCUGAGCGGAUGCAGAAGAUGGCAGAGGACAGUAAAGCUGACCUCAGUGACCUGCAAACCAAGAUGAAGCUCCUCCAGAAACAUCAGGUGUUUGAGGCUGAAAUCCUGGCUCACAGUGAGAUCAUCAGAGCUGUACUGCAGGCCGGUGAGAAGCUGGUCUCUCUUCACCACCCGAGGUCCAAGGAGGUGAAGAGGAGCUCAGGCACCCUGCAGCUCCACUGGGAGGAGCUGAAGAAGGCAGUGGCCACCAGAGGGAAAGCUCUGGAAGAUAACAGAGACUUCCUGGAGUUCCUGCAAAAGGUGGAAGAGGUGGAGGCAUGGAUCAGACACAGGGAGGUGAUGAUCAAUGUUGGAGAUGUUGGAGAGGAUUAUGAACACGGAGUUCAGCUGCUGAAGAAGCUCGGCGAGUUCAGGGGAACUGGAGAUGGGGAAGUUACGGUGGAUGAAGCUCACAUCACAGCCAUCAACAGACUGGCAGCCAGGCUGGAGAAGAGACAGAGCGCUGACGAGCUGGUGACUGUCAGGCAGAGGAGACAGCAGCUCAACGACAGGUGGAGCAAGUUUCAUGGAGACCUGAAUAAAUAUAGGAAGAAGCUGGAGGGGGCGCUGGUGGUGCAUGCCCUCAUCAGAGAGCUGGAAGAGGUCAGAGACAGAGCCAACGAGAAGAUGCUGCUGCUGCAGGGCCAGGACUGUGGUAGUGACGUGGAGAGUGUAGAGAACCUGAUCAGACGCCAUGAGGAAACAGAGAGAGAAGCCGGGGUCAUCCUGGAGAGGUUAAAGGCCCUGGAGAGGGAGGUGUCCGAUCACCUGAAGGCUCGAUCAGUGAUGAGUGACAAACUGAAGAACAAACAGAAGGAGGUCCACAAAGCUCUGAAGACUCUGGACAAAGAGGUCAAACACAGGAAGGAGAAGCUGCAGGAGGCUCACCAGCUGCAGCUGUUCAAAGCCAACCAGCGCCUCCUGUUGGAGUGGAGCAUCAAACAGAGCAGUGAGAUGGCAGAGAAAGGCCUUCCCAAGACCAGAGCCGAGGCCGACCGGCUCAUCGUGGAGCAUCAGGACUGGAAGACAGAGAUCGAUGCCCGUGCCGAGCGCGACGACUCUGUUCGGGACUUUGGCCUGGGUCUAGUCCGGUCCGGUCACAGUGCGAAGGCAGAGAUCCAGAAGGCUGUGACCCAGCUAGAGGAGGCCAAAGCCAGACUGGACCGAGCCUGGCUGGACCGCCACCAGACCCUGGAGCAGGCCCGCACCCUGCAGGUCUUCCUGGCCUCUGUGGAGCAGUGUGAGAGCUGGCUCAGCAACAAGGAGGCCUUCCUCUCCAACCACGACCUCGGGAGCUCAGUGACGGAGGUGGAGACUCUGCAGAGGAAACAGACUCAGUUUGAGGAGGCUCUGGAGGCUCAGGUGGACCAGCUGGACCAGGUGGAGAAACUGGCCCAGAAGAUGAUCCAGCAGAAGCACUACGACUCCGACAACAUCCGAGCCAAGAGCAGAUCGCUCGCUGCCAGGUGGAGUCAGCUGCAGCAGCAGAGCAGGUCUCGACACAAAGCCCUGGAUCGAUCACUGCAGCUGCAGCAGUUCUUGUCCAGUAGCUACCAGGUGUGUGUGUGGCUGAAUGAGCGUAAUGCCGUGGCGUUGGAUGAGAGCUGGAGGGAACCCACCAACCUUCAGGCCAAACUGCUGAAACAUCAGAGCUUCGAGGCCGAGAUCCUCGCGAACCGCUACAGAGUGGACACCCUCACCAAGGAAGGGGAGAAGCUGCUCUCAGAGUCUGGCUCAGCUGAAGCAAAGGUUCAACUGCGACUCAGAGAGCUGACAGACAACUGGGACACUCUGGUCCACAACUGCAAGGAGAAGAAAGCCCGACUGCAGGAGGCCUACCAGGCGCUGCAGUUCCAUCGCUCACUGGAUGACAUGGACCAGUGGGUGGGGUCAGUAGAGAGGGAACUGGCCAAUGAGGACUGUGGCAGCGACCUGCCAUCUGUCGGCAGGCUGCUGAAGUCUCUGCAGGGGCUGGAAGAGGAGGUGGAUGGACACAGAGACAGAAUCCAGGGUCUGGUGGACACAGCAAAGACCUUCCAGUCUCAGGGAAACUUCCUGGCUGAGGAGAUCCAGUCCAGAGUGGCACACACCAUCAACAGGUACAACAGUCUGUCGGAGCCCCUGCAGCGCCGCAGGGAAGCCCUGGAGGCUUGGCAGCUUCUCUUCCAGUUCUCCAGAGACCUGGAGGAGGAGGCGGCCUGGCUGAGCGACAGACUGGCCUCCAUCACUGCCAGAGACUGGGGCAGCUCCCUGAGCAGCACCCAGCAGCUGCUCCACAAACACCAGGCUGUGAUGCAGGAGAUCUCAAGCCGUGGCCCAUUGGUUCAGGCAGUUCAGGAGGCGGGGCAUAGCCUGGUCAGAGGUCGUCACUUUGCGUCUCAUGACAUCCGGGAGCGUCUGCAGGAGCUGAAGAGUCUCCACGAGGAGCUGAUGACGGAGGCAGAGAAGAGGGGGAAACUCCUGCGGGAGGCACUCAGCAUCCACACGUUCCUCACUGAGGUGUCAGAGCUGGAGCUGUGGUUGGACGAGCAGCAGGCAGGUUUAGAGUCUCGGGACUGUGGGAGGAGUGAGGAGCUGACAGAGGCUCUGCUGAGGAGGCUGGACUCUGUGGACGUGGAGCUGGAGAACCAGAGGAGGACGGUGGAGAGGCUGCAGGAGAGCGGCGCGUCGCUGCAGCACCUGGGACACCCCGACAGCCACCUGGUCAGGGACUCUCUCCUCGCUCUUCUCCAACACUUUGAGACUCUCUGCCGACGUUCUGCCUCUCGUCGAGCUGCUCUUGAAGAUCAGCUCCGUCUCUAUGUGUUUGAGAGCGAGGCCAAAGAACUACAAACAUGGCUGGCCUCCAAGAAGACCACAGCAGAGUCCGAAGACUGCGGGCAGGAUCUGGAGGAUGUAGAGGUCCUUCAGAAGAAGCUGGAGGUUCUGGUGUCAGAGGUGUCCGGUCUUGGUCGGACCCGGCUGACCUCGGUGCAGCAGCUUGGCCGAGGGCUGCAGCAGGACGCUCAGGUCCGGAGGAGAGACGAUGCUCUCAGCAGGCUGUGGGAUGACCUCAACAGCAGCAUCAGGACCAGAGAACAGUGUCUGCAGGCUGCGAGGGAGGUUCAUCAGUUUAAUCAUGAUGUGGAUGAGCUGAAGGGCUGGAUGGCUGAGAAGGAGGCUGUGCUGGACUCAGAAGACCAUGACCACGACCUGCAGUCUAUCCAGACACUGCUGAGACAACACAAGGCUCUGGAGAAGGAUCUGGUUCUGAUCUCUGAGGAGGUGACCAGGAGCAGAGAGGAGGGCCAGGCCCUGAGCCGGCGGCAGCCUCAGGCCAGGUCCUCUGUGACUCAGAGGCUGGAGGAGCUGGAGGCCUGCUGGGCCAGCAUCCAGGACAGAGCCUCCCAGCGCCGCGCAAGACUGGGCCAGGCUGAGGAUGUCCAGAGAUACCUGUCCCACUGCACUGAACUCAUGGCCUGGCUGAAGGAGAUGCUGUCUCUGGUGCGAGGGGAGGUGCAGAGCAUCGAGGGCACCGACCUGGAGCAGCUCAUUAAAAAGCACGACGAGUACCGGGUCCAGAUUGACCGGCAGCUCGGCAAAUCACAGGCUGCGAAGGUCGAAGGGAGGCGCCUGAUGGAGGAUGGAAACGUCAUGUCCCGAGAGGUGGAGGAGCGUGUCUGUGAGAUGGAGGAGCUGGAGGUGCAGGUGGAGAAGGUUUGGGAGGACACCAGGCAGCUGUAUGAGGAGGAGCUGGAGAUCAUGCUGCUGCAGAGGGAGCUGGAGCAGGCAGAGCGCUGGCUGAGCUCCUAUGAAAACACACUGAGGGCUGAGGACUAUGGGGACUCUGUGUCUGAUGUUAUGGAGCACCUGAAGCGACAGGAGGAUUUGGAGACCAUGAUCCAGGCUCAGAGCGACCGCUUCAUGGCACUGCAGAAGAAGACAACACAGAGGGAGAAGAGGCUGGGUCUGCAUGGAAACAAGGACAAAGACCUCCAUGACAGAAAACCUCCGGCCAGAGUUUCCUCCCUGAGGAGUAAACCAUCUGAUCCAAAGACACCGUGCAUCUCUUCUUCUAGAGGCAUCGUACGCCGAGUCAGCAGCGGCAGGCAGGCAGAUAGAGCAGACGGACAGUCUGUGCUAGACCAGAAAACAGAUGGUCCUCAGGUGGUGCCCAGUCUCACCAGCUCUGCUAGUCCCCCUCUGAGCCCGGCUCUGUGCCCUGAACCACAUUCUAGUGCCAGCAGGAGGUCUGGAGAAGAGCCAGCUAACAGUUGUCCUGCUGGUCUCAGCUCCAGCCUGGCUGCACAGCCCUGGGGAGGUCGAAUCAGACCCACAAGUCCUGACUCUCCUCUCAGAGUUUCAUCCAACUCCUUCUCUCCAAAAGCUCCUCAAUCACCUCCACCUUCCUCCCCAGAGACUCUGGGGAGGAAGGUGGAGGGUAGAAUCUCUCAAACCUCCUUCUCGUCUUCAUCUAAAGAGACUUCUGGUGAAGACUGUCAUCCCAGAUCCAAACCUCCUCUGGCUCCAAAGCCAAGAAUCUCCUCCACAGAGCGAACACUCGUACACCGCUCUGAGCACCAACCAGGAAGGCCCACUACACCACCUGACUUGCCACCACAAAUCAAACAGCUUGUUCCUCCCACUGAACCUCCACCUGGCACAGAAGGAUGCACUCCCCCUGAAUUGCCUUCGAUGAGGAGACAACUCAGCUACCUUGAACCACAGGUCAGCGAACAGCCCCAUCCUUUUGAUGCUGCGACUCCUACUGCUAAACAGGUUGCACCACCUGUCUCCCCGACUGCUGCAGCAAUCACAGCGGAGGGUUCUGGUUCAUCUGACCUUGCUUCUCCAACAAGAGAGCUGCCUCCGUCUCCUCCACGACAGCAAAGGACAUUAGAAGAUGUCCCAGUGGACCAGCCCACAGCUGAGGUAACAGCAGUGCAUCCAAUCAGAAUGGAGGGGAUUCUGGAGAUCAAGCUGAAACACGGAGGAAACAAGGGUCUGGAGCACUGGGAGGAAGUGUUGGCCGUUCUGGAGGGAGAGACGCUCAGCCUGUUUAAAGACAGAGCAGCUGCUGCAGAGAGGGCCUCUAGGUGGCCUCCUAUCAACACGGUGGGAGCAGUUUGCAGGGAGAACCCCUACUACAGGAGGAAGGAGAACACAUUCAAACUGAUACUGGAGGAUGGCAGCCAGUACCUGUUUGCGGCCUCCAGCAGAGAGCUGCAGCUGCUCUGGGUGAAGAAGCUCCAGAACUGCCCCGAUUCUGCCUGCAGCGACUCGGACGACUCAGGGCGAGCGUCCUCUGUCAACCUGAGUCUGGAGAAGCUGGCUGAGGCUCCAGAUGAUUCGUCCUUGACCGAACCUCCCAGCAGGAGAGCUGAGAGCCUGGAGAGACAGUUGUCCACUGAGGGCCAGCCUCCUCCUAAACCCCCCCACACCUACUACAACAAACACCACUACCCUGAGGGAGGGGAGGUUGGGACCCAAGGUGGGCAGAACCACCAAAACCAGCCUCCCUCAGUGCCUCCUCCUGCACCCCCUGACACCCAGGACCCCCCCGCUGUGACCCCCCAGGUAACAGAGGACAACAUGAGCAAGUCGAGGAUAAGUGUCCUCAGGAAGUUUUUCACAAAGAAGUAGAGCUUUACUGGUCUCCAGCCCGUCCUUCCUGGUCACUCAGACGUUUCCUUCUCUCUGGGGAAUCCAAAUGGUGCAGGUGACGCAGCUACUGUUUCUUUAAACAACAUUGAAAAUACUAACAAUACGGAAACAAAUUCCAAACAUAAUGCUUGAGGGUAUCGUACUAAAGAAUGAUCAUAUUCCAAGUAAAAUUUUUUUUUUUUGUUUUGGUGAAACGUUUUCAUGAAGGGACCGGUCUUCUUCCUUUUCUGGCCUUUAACCAAAAUCACCAGACCCCUUUCACAUAACUGCCUUUAAUUGUAAACCGUGAGCUAACAGGGUGGAUGUUAGUGGAGUGUCUACUCAAGUCAGAUUUUAUUUACACAGCCCAGUGUCACAGUUCAUUAGUUUGCCUCAGGGGCCCUUACAGUGUGUGCAGCCUCUGUCCUUAGACCCUUAAGUCGGACCAGGAACAACUGAGGCCUGCCUGUUUCCGACAAGCGGCUCCAACAUGUUGAAGCUGGUGGAGCAGUGUGACUCCAUCUUCCUUCAGACUCUGUGCACAGCGACACUGUUCUCAGCCUUUGGAGCUGCUUGUUGGAAACAGACGGCCUCCUGUGUUCCCGCCCCCCAGUGCAGUGGUGUCAGUGACGGCGUGCCCCCACCGACCAGACAUAGUCAGGUGUAAAGUGUUCCUAAAUUACAGAAACACUAACCCCACCUCCAAUGUCCAGUGUACUGUCCACUAAUAGAUCGGUUAUAUCUGGUCUUCGUGUAUGUGUGCUUUAGUUUGGAAGGCAUUUGCCCACAGAUCGGUGACGGGGCGACCCGCAGCAAAACAACCGAAACAAAUUUGUCACCUUUAGAAGCAGAAGAGGUUUGUGGAGACGUGGUUCCCAGAGUUGAUGCUCCAUGAUCGAACGAUUAUAAAAGGAUGAACUUGUUUUUUUUGGAAAUGAACUCAAUUUAUUUAUUAAUGAGCAACAAAUCCAAACAUCUUCAGACUCAUCCUCUCCUCCAUUCAAUCAGAUCAAUAAAUGAAUCAUUGAAAAUAAUGAGUCAGAUUAAGACUUGUGACGGAAAUCACGAGUUCAUACACUUAUUCAGUUUGGGGAAAUUAAAGUCAAUUGAUGUGUUUGAGUGAGAGUCAUUCAGACGAACUGACUCCAGUUUGUGAAUCAUAAACAUAAAUAUCUGAUGUAACAUCGUCAUUUAUCUGUUUCUGCAGAUCAGAGUCGAACACUGUUACUUAUGUUCAUUUAUUUUAUUGAUUUCUGUUGGUAGCAGAUUAUAGAAAAUAAACUUUACACAUGCACUGAACUCAUGAUACUGAUUGAAUUGCACUGAAUGUUUUAAUAAAGUCUUGCCACAUUUCAUCCCCGACC